CAAACAGCAUGGUGAUCAUUUUUUCCUGUUUCAGGUUUUAAUCAAUCGGCUCAUUUGGUUUAAUUUCUUUACACUUGCAACAAUUAAUUUUCCUCUUCUUUUACCUACUUAAUUGUUGGUGUUCUAAUCAGUGUCUAAUGGGCGAUCAGGUUACCCCAUCGGCUAUUUGUUCAACCGAAGGAUGUGAUAAAAGUGCUACACUUCAUUGUCCUCAUUGUCUUAAGCUGAAAAUUAAAUCAUUGUUCUGCUCUCAGGAAUGUUUCAAAAGCAAUUACAGUCAACACAAAAUUGUCCAUUCUCUACAAAAAACCAAUCUUGAAAAUAAUGAUGUAUAUGAACCAUGGCCUAACUACAGUUUCACUGGACCGAUCCGACCUUAUCGGUUGACACCUAAACGGGAGGUUCCGGACCAUAUUAUGAGGCCUGAUUAUGCUGAUCAUCCGGGGGGACAAUCGGAAUGUGAGGAGAAAACGGAAGGAAGUACAGCGAUCAAAAUUUUGGAUGAAGAGGAAAAGGAAGGUGUUAAAUUGGCCUCUAAAUUGGCCCGAGAAGUUCUUGAUGAGGCUGCGAACGCUGUUGCCGUCGGUGUCACUUCCGAUGAGAUUGACAGAAUAGUCCAUGAGGCUUGUAUCGAUCGAGAAUGUUACCCAUCUCCACUUAAUUAUUACAAUUUUCCCAAAUCAUGUUGUACCUCAAUCAAUGAAGUUAUUUGUCAUGGGAUUCCUGAUAUGAGGCCUUUACAAGAUGGAGACAUUUGUAAUAUCGAUAUAACCGUUUAUCAUAAAGGUUUUCAUGGAGAUCUGAAUGAGACCCUUUUUGUAGGCAAUGUUGAUGAAAAAGCUAAAAAAUUAGUCAAAGUAACUUAUGAGUGUCUCUCCAAAGCGAUUGAGAUCGUUAAGCCUGGAGAGAAAUAUCGAGAAAUUGGAAACGUGAUCCAAAAACACGCUCAAUCUCACGGGUUCGCUGUAGUGAGAAGAUACUGUGGCCACGGGAUUCACAGACUUUUCCACACCGCUCCAAAUGUACCUCAUUAUGCGAAAAACAAAGCCGUUGGUAUUAUGAAAGCGGGUCAUUGUUUCACCAUCGAACCAAUGAUUUCUGAAGGGACAUGGAGAGACAUUUUAUGGCCUGACGAUUGGACUGCGGUCACUCAAGACGGUAAACGAUCAGCGCAAUUCGAACAGACUCUUUUAGUAACCGAAAGUGGAUGUGAAAUUUUAACUGCUCGUCGCAGUAAAGGAGGACAACCUUAUUUCAUGGACAAUUGGAAACCAGAAUGUUAAUGUAACUAUCGAACUUAGUAUCUAAAUAGUUACAUUAAAUCUCAAUGUGAUUAACAAAAUGAGCUUUUCAUCAUUUGUUUGUGAGAAAAUCACUCUUUUCAAAUCACCAGGAAACUUAAUCAAAACCAAAAUAACAGCAAGUGUAAUCAAUAAUAUCAACUCAUCUAUUGUCAAGCUAAAUUGUGACAUUUAAUGUUACAAUAUAACAAGAUUUUGAAAACUCAAGUGAUAAUCAAUUUUUUAUCAUGAACAAUAAGCCUACUAAAUUUUACUCAAUCUUUUAUAAUCAAAACGCUUUGUCGAGGAAUAUAAUUAAACCGUGUUAUUUAUAUUUCUUCAA